UCAGUAUCAAUAAAGUUUUUUCCUGGUCGCGGUGCACGUCGGGUAGGUCAUACAGUGUGCGGGUUUCCAUGUGUUGGCGCCGGUGACAGUGAGGAGAGAAGAGCCGAGCACCAUGUACCCCGCCGCCCCCGCUGCUGCCUGAGAGCGAGGAGCGCCGCCUCCGGCCUGUGCAGGUUAGAGUCUUCUGCAGUGAGGCAUUUACGGAUGUCUUGUGCACUAAGGAACGACCCUUUACCCUCACCGGAUUUGGACAGCGCACCCAAACAAUACCCGCCCAAAAUCCAUCAGCUAGUCGACCAAAUCGCAUCCCUUACUCUGUUAGAAGUGUCCGACCUCAAUGAGCUGCUAAAGAAAACGCUGAAGAUUCAGGAUGUUGGUAUGAUGUCGAUGGGCAUGAUGCCAAGAGCAAUGGGUGCAGCAUCUACCCAGUGUGCUCAGGUUGAGGAGGAAGAGGAUGUACCGGUCAAGAAAGAAAAGACACAUUUCACUGUAAAACUGACGGAGAUGAAUGCUGUAGACAAAGUGAAACUCAUCAAAGAAGUGAAGAAUUGUGUACAGGGGGUGAAUUUGGUGCAGGCCAAGAAGAUGGUGGAGUCUCUUCCACAAGAGAUCAAGGCCAACGUUGCCAAGGAAGAAGCGGAAAAGAUAAAGGCUGCGCUGGAAGCUGCAGGAGGGAAGGUGGUGCUGGAGUGA